AUUGGAUUGGCUACCCGAAAAUGAAGUCCUUUCUGAUUAUGGUGGGAGUAAUGCUUUUUGCAGUUCCCAUAUACAUACGGCUUUUGUAUCAUGUUCCCUACAUUAUCGCUGGAUCUCUGAUACCGGUGAUCACACUAGCUAUUGCAGGAACAUAUCUAUCGCUGCAAGGUUUUGAUAGAAAAAAGUAUGCAGAAUCUAGAACAGCAAGAUUUGCAUUUCACAAGACAAAAAAUUGGAUGAGCAACAUGCAGGACUUGAAAGAUGAAUUGAGCUCGAACAUUGACAAACAAAUAUACCCGGAAAACUUCAUCAUAAAUGAUACGUUAAAUAACAUAGUGAGUUUGAUCCUACGUGAUUUUGUUGAGUCUUGGUUUGCCAAAAUCUCUUCGAAUAAAAUCUUUGUUGCUUCUUUGAGACACGAGUUCACCUACAUAAUUCAAAUGUUACACAACCGACUGAAGGAUGUGGAUUUUUCCGAUUUAGUAGUGCACAAUCUAACCCCAAUUUUGGCUGAUCAUGUCGAUAAGUUUUUGACAGCACAAGAGAUCACCAAAAACAAAAAAGUGGCGAAGACAACUGAAAAAGUGACAGAUGUCAAUGAUGACACAGUGCUUGCAUCUAAUUACAACAGGGGCCUUCUUCAUGCGGGGAUAAAGCUGAAUUCAGAAACGCCAGACACAGAUAUUAGCACUUACAUUAGUGGCGUCGUAGACCGAAUACUUCCCUAUUUACUAGAAGAAGAUGAAAUCAACUCUGCUCCCGUUAGAAUAUUGAUCAGGGAGCUACUUUCUUGCUGUGUACUGAAUCCCGUGUGCUCAAUGCUCACCGAUCCAGACUUCUACAACCAAAUAGUUGUUUCCAAUUUGUCGAAGCAGAUGAAAGAUCGAAAUAAUGUGAAAAAGUUCAGAAACGUUUUGCGUCGGCAUUCAAUGUCGUUUAACAACAUGGCAUCACCAGCCUCUGAGGUGAACGAUAUCUUACAGUUCAAAGUGUCAAUUGAUACUCCGAAGCACGAUUUUGAAAAAAUACUGCUGAUGGUCGAGCGAUCAACCGAUAAGCAGAGCUUGCUCAGGUACAAGUAUUACAUUCUCCUCAGAAAUGAAAAGCUGCUGAGAUUGAAUCCCACUCUUCAGAUUGAAGAGUCCAAAACUAUGCAAAAAUAUGCUAAACGCUGCAAUACUUUGUUGGAUGCGAUCAAUUAUAAAAUUAGAGAGAUUACCGAAGGAGAAGAUAAGAGGAAAGCUGACACUGAAAACAUUGCUACUACUGAUCAUCUAGAAUUUUUACCACAAAACUCACUAGUAAAAGACCUCUCGUUGCACGAAAUAUUGUCUUCUCCAACGAGAUUGAAAUAUUUCACGUCAUAUAUGCAACUCAGAGGAGAUCGUCAAAUAUUGCUUGAUUUUUGGCUUUCUGCAGAAAACUUAAGAAAUCCGCUAGAGUACAACAGUGUCCAAGCCAAACCAUCUUUGGCUCAUGUUAACAACAGUGAAGAAGAUGAUGAAAGUAGCGACGACGAAGCCACAACCUUUGUUGAUAACGAAUUGACUCAAGCUAAGGAUAUCAAAAACAUUUUUACCACAUACUUCAAUGUACCUGUGAUGAAAAUACCUCCUAAAAUAUUUUACAAAGUGAGUGAGUUCAUUGAGGGAAACUGCACAAGCACGUUAGCAUACUACAGAGCCCGAAAGAGCAUACUAAAACUACAAGAUUUUGAGUAUAUCCGAAUGAAGAAGAGUGAUUUUGUUGCUUUUAAGGCUUCUGAUACUUGGUUGAAACUUCUAGUAGAUGAAGCUGUUAGUAUUGACCAUAAGGGCAUGAAGGAAAGUAGCAGCACCCAUAUUCUAGCUGCUAGUGCUGAUUUUGAGAAACACAUACCGGAAAAGGUUUACACAGGGCUGAAAAAUACUGACAAAAUUUUAGGCGAUCCGUUAGCCAAAUACUCAGAGAAAGAGAAUGAUGGUAAUUAUGUGGAUGUUAAUAUGACAGGGAAGGUCAGCGAUAAAGUGGUUAGGGCCGUCGAGGAUGCUCUAAAUGAAAUAAUGAAAGAUAGCAACAAAUCUGAUGUUGAUUUAUCUGUGACUAAUGAUAAAAGAAACUCAAGACUUGUUAGUGAUGAUGUUGCUCGUGAUUUAUUUGGUAAUGGCGAGAAGAGUUUGUUUGGGGAUGAACAAGAAGAAGAAGAAGAGGAUGAGGAAGAGGAAGGAAAAGUUCUGAAGGGACAAGGCAAUAAAAACUUAGCUGGUGCUAAUAUCCAAUCGAGUACAGAGUUAGAUGGUGAUACUGCUGUUAGUUUGAGUCAAGAUAAUUCAUCAUUGGCAAGCAACUCAUCAGAACCUGAAAAUCCAAUGGAGAAAAGUGAUUUGAAAGUGGUGGCACCAAGUGUCUUAAAUCUAUACAAUGAAAUCGAAAGAUUAGACGUCGAAAUUGAUCGGUUGCAAAAGCAGAGAUUGAUUUUAAAGGCACUGCUGCAAAAAGCUGAAGUUAUUAACAAUGUUCCCGAGUUAAGAAUUUUGAAAAAGUCACUUAUAAGUUUGGAAAAGGAGCUAAAGUUCAAAUCCAUGCAGAAAGAACAAUACAUUGUACAAGAGGGAGAAAACAGCCUAUACGGACGGUCUAAAGUUACUAUUCCAAGUUAUAUAACUGCAAAGGACAAAAAUGGUAAAAGUUUCAUAAUGUAUGUCAUCAAAGUGACAACACUAUCACGUUCAGACGCUAAUCAAAUAACUGCUAAUUGGAUGGUCACCCGACGAUUCAGCCAAUUUUACGAACUACACAAUUACCUAAAAUCCAAGUACCCCGUAGUUUCAACCAUGGAGUUCCCAAAAAAGAAGAUGGUGGUAAAAUUCAUUCAAGGAUCUCUUAUCGAAGAACGUCAGAAGAAAUUGAAAAGUUAUCUGCAAGCUUUAGUGAGAAAUAAAGAUGUUUGUUCCGAUAAAAUAUUUCGUGACUUCUUGUCAAGUGAAACUUUUGAUGCCACUCUCGACGAUACAUUGCAGCAUGUAAACGAAAAAAUCAAGAAAAACACAGAUGGUUCGGGAACGAGAUUGUACAACAUUAUUUCGAGCCAGGCUUUUUAUCCACUUUUUUCUCUUGCCAACUAUAAAGGUCUUAAUGAUCAAAUGGAGGAGAAGAACAGGCAUGAGAAGGAUAGCGAGACAUCACCUUCAGUUUCAGUUGAGAGCGAUGCGGGUAUCGAUGAUACUUUUAACAUGGAUGAUGAGAAUAUUACAACUCCAGAAAGCCGAGCAAAGGAUAUCUCAUUCAUGAAGCCGAUUUGUGAUCUUAUAGUUUCCAUAUUCCAGUUAAACAACUCAACCAGCUGGUUCAGAGGUCGAGCAUUGAUACUGCUUUUCCAGCAGUUAUUUGGGUCGACUGUUGAAAAAGUAUUGCGGGCCAAUAUUGAUGGGAAAAUCAAACAAGAGGAAACGAUAUCGAAAGUUCUAACAGGUUUGCAGUAUACAUUAUGGCCUGACGGUGAGUUUAAGAAGAAACGGAUACCAAGAACAGAUGUUGAAAAAGAAAGAACCAAACAACAAACAAGAAUGCUACUAAAUGCGUUUUUGACAGACACCAGUUCCAAGAUUUUCGGCCAAACUGCUGCUAAUAGGGCCUCUGAUACGUUGUACUUUGUAUUUCAAAAUGAUAUACUCAACCGUCAUUUACUCUUGUCUAUACUGGAUGAAUGCUUUGCUGCAAUUUUUCCUGAAAUUGGUAAAUAGAAAAAGAAUCAAGACCAAAACAUAAUAAUCAAAGCUAGAACUACUGAUUUUACAGAACUUCACUAUAUAUCGCUUUCUGUCGAAUAAUUCCUCUCUUUUAACCUUUUAUGUUUCGUAUAAUACAAACCCAAGUUCAGGAAGCUAUCUAGAUUGUAGCUUAUGUUGUUUUUCUGCUUUCUGGCGAAUUUAGCAUAUUGCGUAGGUUUGGCAUUCUUCAAAUGGACC